CAGAACGGCCGUACGACCUUUCAGGUGUUGAUAAAAAUAAUUUUUGAUUUACUUUGAUAUAAUUUUAGAGUAUUUUUGUAAAAGUUAAUUAUGUGAAUGGCGAAUGUCAAAAUGGAUGAUAAUAACUUAAAUUCUUUGGGUUACACAACAAAAACAGCGCUUAUAAAACUCCGUGAUGAUAUACGAAAAGUAAUAGAAGAGCAUAAGAAGAAAAAUACCACGGGGUUGGGCCUAGUACGGAAUAUAAUAUCAUUUUCUUCAGAGAAAGUGUUAUUAUCAGGCGUUGCUUAUACAAUAACGCUGAUAUAUAUAGUCUGCUUAAUACUUACAUACAUAUUUGGUGAAUCAGUGCAAGCUCAUGCCUAUUUAUUAUGGGAAGCAUUUUUUCUAAUAGUUAUAUUGUUAGUAAACUUCUUGGUGGCAUUCAAUGAGGAGUAUCAAUUCAGGAAUGAAAUACCUCAUAGAGUAAAGAAAGUUUUAGAAACAUUGGACGAGGCCAUAGAGAGUUCAAAAUGGAAAGAGAAUCAUUAUCCACAUUUAUGUGCUCCCUUCUCACCUUGUGUUAUCCUGCAAUGGACUUAUCGGGACUCGACAAUAGUAAAUCUUCCAUGGGCUCUGUUGGUAGAAGGAGACGUCAUUGUGCUAAGACCUGGCCAAGAAGUACCGGGUCAUUGCCGUGGAUUGCAGCCGGAAGACCCUGAACAGUUUUUUGGACAAAUCUUCCAGCCUACAACGCCGCAAAAAGACAACUUUAGCACACCAAGAGUAAGAACUCCACAUCGUAAUAAAGCGUACAGAAUGUGUGAGACUCCAUACCUGAAGAACCUGAAAUUGGCUUUAGAACAGGCCACUGUAAGGCCUGUGACAGUUUUUGAGAAACAAAGAUACUUGUGCACAGUAAAAAUAAUGGAAGGCAUAGUCCUGCCGCUGGUGAUAUCUCUGGUGGUGAUCGCGAGCUUCGUGCGCCACGUGUACCACCUGCCAGGAGUUACACAUUGGACUGAGAUAUACUUCCUGCAGACCAUUGCUGCAUCACUACCCCUGCUGCAGAUUGUCUUCCCCAUCGCUUGGGUAACGUUGAACUGCUUCGGUCUAGCUCGAUUUAAGCUUUUAUCGGAGACCAGACAGAAGUACGUCCGUCCAAAGUCGUGUUCCAUAUCAGAGGAUGCGAGCGAUCCCUUAAUAAAAGCGAUGAGUGAGUCCAACCUUCAGCCGGAGAGUCUCAAGUCGUUGGGGAAGACGUUCUUCAAUAUACUAACUGGAAGAGAGGAUAUGGUCUGCAGAACUGCCAACAUUGUUCAUGUGCUGGGAUCCUUGUCGGCCCUGAGUUGUGUCGACAAGAAAGGCAUUCUAUCCUGGCCGAACCCCACAGCGGAGAAGGUGUUCUUUCUCCGUAACUCCAGUCCAUCAUCACACAACUCCAGCAAGACCAGCCUGGUGGGUUCCAUGGGGCAUCAGAGCGACGAAAAUCUUGACGCACCCGUGGAAGGCACCAAGACUGCUGAACCGUCCACUAUUGUCGAGGUGCUAGACCUGACGCACGACCAGAACGCGCCGUUCUGCGUGGAGUUCGACGACCAGCGCUGGCGGCAGCACCUGGCGCGGCUGAAGCCGCUGGGGCUGGCCGCGCUGCUCAACACGUGCGCGCCCGCGCCGCGACACACCUACGCACACUUCUGUGCACAUCUCACCUGCGAGGCUCAGUACAGUGAAGACCUAGUACCUGUAACGAAUAGACGCUGUCUCUGCGAGCUCGCCAAGCAAAUUGGAUUCACAGAUUCUGUCACAGACUCCUACCAAGUACAAGAAUGCCUUGCGAUAUUCAGACAAUUGCAAGCAGACACGAUCCGUCGUGAAACUCGUUUCGUCCGCUCCCUACAACUAAGCACAAAGGUCAAAGUUCCUCUCCCUCACAUGCUGGCCGUCAUCGUGAAGGACCAGGCCAAUCAACUACAGAUGCUUACACAGGGUACUGCAGAUAUAAUACUAGACUCGUGCGUGGACUACUGGAACGGGCGUGACCUCACGCCGAUAUCCCCUGCCGACCGCAAGAAGAUCAUAGACUUUUACCAAAGAAACUCACUCACGGCUUAUUGUACUGCCUUCGCUUACAAACCCCUGACCCGUGGGAUAUCAUCGUCUCUCUCAGCGAUGUACUUAGAGCUCCCAGCUGACAGUAGACAGCUGUACGCGCCCCUAUCUCAACACUGGGCUGACGCUCCCGCGUUACAUUUCCACUCCACUGGUAAGAGACCAUCAGACACCAACUCUGAUUCUAGAAACUCGUUGUUAUUUAACGAAGUGACUGAUGAAGAUGUUAAGGACGCUGAUGGAUUCUUCGAUAUGCAGUGUAAUCAAGUUUUCAUAGGUAUGGUGACCAUGCAGUAUCAAGCCCAAAGUGAUAUGGUAGAGCUAAUAGAAAGGCUUGAACGAGCCUGUAUACGUUUUGUGCACUUUAGCAAAGAAAAUGAACUAAGAUCUAGAGUGUUUAGCGAGAAAAUGGGCCUAGAAUCAGGAUGGAACUGCCAUAUAUCACUGAUGAGUGAAGAAAGUGCCAGUAAGAGCGCGUCUCCAUUGUCGUCGCAAACGUUGGCUCAGGGUAAGGACGGGGCCACGACGCAACUCAGUAGACACGUCGACUAUGACGCCGCCGCGCUCGGCUUGUACUAUAGUAGCAAUAUGGCGACAUCGAAGGCAUUGUCUAUGUCAGCGCCGGGAGCCAUCAACCUGGAUCACAAUACAGUGAAGUUCGACAAUGAAAUCAAGAAAGCUAGACAUUCUAUCACUACACACACUAACCUCAAGUUCCAACGCAGCAGUAUAUCGACGAGCCAUCCUUCAGCGGACUCCUUGCUGGAUGAUGACGAGGAGGACGAGGCGGGCUCCCCUGCGGACGCUUGUCGCUCCCUCUCCUGCCUCACCGACUCAACCGACCACUCUGCGCCCGUCAACUUUGAUAUGAGUAACAGGGCGAAGCUCCCCCGCGGCAUUGAAAACAUCCGUCCUCAUAUAGAACAAGUGGACAACGUGCCACUUCUGGUAUCCUUAUUCACGGACUGCACGGCGCGGUCCGUGCAGCAGAUGAUACAGAUCAUGCAGGACUACGGCGAGGUCGUCUGCGUCAUGGGAUCCGCUGCCAACUGCUUGAACAUGGACAUAUUUAUGCAGGCUGAUGCCAGCAUAGCAGUGGAGCCGCUGUACCCGGUGCUAUGUCAGAAGAUGCCGCCGUACCAAGUGCCGGAGUCCUGCAUCGGUCCCAUCGAUCUCGCGCGGGCGCUCAACUCUGUGCCCUGUUCACUAUCGAUGAGCCGUGACGCGGACGUGUCGCUGUUCGCCCUGAUCGCGAUGUCGCGCCACUACAUGACCUGCUUGUGGAACAGCACGCAGUUCUGGAUCUGCAGCGUCUGCUUCAUUGCACUCUUACAGGUGGGUUCCCUAGUGGCGUUCCAACCCUUGUCACUGUCGGUGGGGGGCGCGGUGUGGGGGGGCGCCUGCGUGGUGCCGGCGCUGGCGGCGGCCCUGGCCUUCGCCCCGCUCGACCCCGCGCUCAUGCAGCGCGCCGCCACAAGACCUCAACUCAUCAUGAAUGCCAAGAUGGCAGUGUUCGUGUUUUGGUGCUACGCAUUAAAGUUCCUACCGGCCGCUCUAUCCAUACUUGUACUAUACGGGUUCACAUUGCGGGCUUUCUGUGAACAAAUCGCACUGGCAACGAAUGCCACGGCAUGUUGGAUAGUGUACCCGAUAAAUUCAGGAGAAUUCACCGCCACACAUGAUCUAACUACCAAGAGUUGGCAUGGCUGGGGAGACGACUUCUACGAUGGAUUCUUUCUCGCCCAGCAUAUCACACUAGCACUCAUAACUUUGCAUUUAAUUGUGAUAUCAUUAUCAUUCGUUCACCGACAAUCUUCUGUGUGGCAAAGAGGAUUCUGGGCUAACAAAGUGUGGUCGGUCACUGUUGUUGUCAUUAUGCUAGCCCAGUUGGCGUUCAGCUGUAUAAUGUUAAGCAGUAGCUAUGGGUUCUGCGAGAAGUGGGGUUUGUGCGAGCUGCGGUACUAUGUCCCUUGGCCACUGUGGGUGGGGUACGCCGCCUCGUUGUUCCUAGUAUUCGCUCUCAACGAGCUCAUCAAGUGGCAGGAGAUCAAGGUGGACGGACGCAACCAACGGCGCGCCCGUCUCGACUUCGGCACCAAACUGGGAAUGAACUCCCCGUUCUAAUGUCUAGUCAAUUAUACUUUAUUUGAACUGAGAAUAAUCGUAUCGAAGCCGUCUGGCGUUUAUUUUUAAGAGAAAAUGACCUUGUACUUAGUACUAUUUUGUACUUACUUUAUAUGAUGUUUUGAUGAUUUUAAAUAAAUAAAUU